CGUCAUGAACGCAAGAAAAUGUGAGGUAUGCCAUGACCUGGAAUCAAAGUACAAAUGUCCUCAAUGCGAGCUGAGAUAUUGUUCGCUCAACUGCUUCAAGCUACAUAAGCAGCUCCAUGAGUCAAGUACAGAUGCAAACGCGUCUUCCGCUCUCAGAGAUGAAUCCUCUGCUCCGUCGGUGCAGCCACAUCGUACCCAACAACCAGCCAAAGUUGAUCCGUACACGGCGUUAGAAGAGCACCCUAACUUUCAAAUUCUCUUUAAGAAGUACCCUGACCUUAAAAGUCAACUCUCUCGAGUCUACCAGGCAACGAUGAACCCCAGCCAGCAAGAUGAGUCUUCUCUGGGUGUGCAACAGAAGACUAGGGAUCGUGUACGUGGUCAGUGGACUCAGGAAAAAGGAGAUGAGUUGGCAGCCAAGUUGCUUGCUAAGUUGGCAAAAGAGCAUGAGGGAGUGAAAGAGUUCAUGGCAUUGGUCAGAAUCGUGUUUGAUAGCGAAGAGGAAGAAAACGGCUCCCAGGAAGGAUAAACAUUGGAGGGCAUAUGCUGAAAUAGGCACCUGUGGAUUGACUAGAGACGCAUGAACGUUGAAUGAGAAAGUAACUAAUACGAUUCAAUUGUUCAGAUGCCUUCAAGAGAUCGUCAAAGUUCAGGCAUAGAAUUAGACGGACUUCUACCAGGAGGAUAUACAAGACUCUUAAUCAAUGCAAACAAAUAAGUGCCAUGUAAGAACUAAUUCUUAAGCGCAAACGUUCA